AUGGAUUCCCUCAGCGUCACGGCGAGCAUUAUUGCCAUCCUGCAGGUCACAGCGACAUUGGUCAGUUACGCCAACGAUGUCAAAGACGCCCCCAAAGAUCGUGCGCGCUUCGCGAUGGAGGCCUUGAGCCUCUCCAGUCUUCUCCUUAAUUUGAGAUACCAAAUAGAGGAUGAAACGUGUGAAAAAUCAAACGAAGCAUGGACGAGGCAAGUCACGUUGCUCGGUUUGCCGGAUGGGCCUUUGGAUCACUACAGGCAUGCGCUGGAGAAGCUCCAGGUCAAGAUCGUGAGCGGCAAGGGGCUGGUGAAGAUUGGGGAUGCGCUUUGGUGGAGGUUUACUAAGGAGGAGGUUGCGGGUAUAUUAUUGAGGAUUGAACGGCUAAAGAGCCUGAUCCAGAUUGCUCUACAGAUGGACCACUUCAAACUAUCUCAAGCAAUUAAAACCAGCUUGGACGAGAUUUACGACAACGGUAAAGGGAUAAAAAUUGACCUGGCCGUUGUCCGGUCCCAAAUACCCGCAAUACAGGGUAGUGUUGGCGCGAUUCAAGAUAGUGUUGGCGCUCUUCAGGAGAGUGUUGAUGCGGUCCAGCAAGAGCGAGACAGAAAGAAGAAUCAGGUGUUCGUGAAAUGGAUAUCAUCGGCCAAUUACGUAUCUCAACAGUCUGAUUUUAUAUCCAGGAGGGAGCCUGGAACCGGUCAAUGGUUUCUUGACUCCCCCGAGUUCAAUAAAUGGACUGACGAACCGAGUCAAACUUUAUUCUGCCCUGGAAUCCCUGGAUCUGGAAAGACUAUGGUCUCAGCUAUUACGGUUGAUCACCUCCGUAAGGUAGCAGAUCGUGCUCUUGGUCACCCCCCUGGAGCUAAGGCGGCAAAUAUGCGCCACAGUGACCUCCAUGGAGUUGCGCAGAUAUUCUGA